AUGGCGCACGACUGCUUGCAAUUGGCUCGUCUCGAUGCCUCCGGCGAGUUCCGUGGGGGGCGUGAUACACGGUCCGAUGAUACCUGGAAGGCUGGUCGGAUACAAAUACUCCGGUGGCUAGCACUACGCUCUACACCUACCUCCUCUUUUGCAGCAAAUAUUUUUCCGACAACCUUCCAAUCCGUCAAACCACUCUACCAGGGAGUUUUGAAUUUCACUGUGCAUGUCUGCCGAGGCUUUGAACGCGAACGGGGCCGUGGGGCUCCCAGAGGAGGCCCAGGUGGCUAUGGACGAGGAGGCGGAGGCGGCGAGGGUGGACGGGGCGGCGAACGUGGUCCCCAGCUUUCCGUGGCGGUGACGGAGGGCGUGGCCGUGGAUUCGAUCAUGCUGGCCCUCCCAGAGGAGGAGGCGCCGGGCGGGGUCGUGGGGGAGUCUUUGAAGCUGGUCCCGCUGUCAUCGAUUCGCAAACUCGCAGUCGAUGAUGACCAGCUGCCUCGCCGCCCCGACUAUGGCAAGGUCGGGCAAAGCGUUGUCCUGCGCACCAAUUAUUUCCCUGUGGAAUACAAGAAGGCCAAGAUAUUCGAUUACGACAUCUCUGUCGAACCCGAGGGAGGCGUCAAGCGUAUCAUGAAACAACUACUUGCGUUGAUGAUGUCCUCGUCGGAUUUUGCUCCGUAUGCGGCAUUUGCUGCACAUGACAAUGCCAAUCGACUGGUAUCGAUGAAGGAGAUCCCGGCGACAAUUCGUCUGAUGAAAAUCAAAGACAUAUCGAAUUUCGCUGAGGCCAACGAACAUACAUUAGUGGGGCAGAUGCAGCCUUCGACCCCCAACCUAUGCUCGCUGCGUUCAACAUCUUAUGUCCAAGUACCCUUCUCAGCACGGCGUGAUGGUGGGCAUAACAAGUGGUUCUUCCCAUCAUUGCAUCAGUCGUCGGACAUUGGUGUGGGACUCGAAGCCUAUCGCGGAUAUUUCAGCUCUGUACGACCAUCGUUCCAGCAGCUCAUGGUGAACGUUAACGUCGCGACUACUGUGUUCUAUAAACCCGGCCCAUUGGCAAGCUAUUCUUCGAUUUGGGCCUGCGGGGCAACACCAAUUAAGGUGUUUGUUCACAAGCUACGGAUCGAAAUGAGGCAUACUGGGCGUGUCAUGCGCAAGCAGAUCAAGGGACUCAGACUAGAUUCCAACGCCAGAACGUAUCUAUUCAAAUGCGAUGAAUAUAACAAUGAGAAGAUCUCAGUAGAGGCUUAUAUAAAAGGACCGUUCCGCGGCAAGCUCCCCGAUGAAUAUGGAGCAGCGAUGAUCCGUGUUGCAUGCCAGCCACCUAACGUCAACGCUACGAGUAUUAUUGGUGAAGGCUUGAGCUCCCUCGGACUUGUUGGAGACAGUUCGCCACUCGAACAAAUGGGGAUCAGAGUCAAGUCUCAGAUGGCGACCGUACCGGGCCGCAUCUUGCCUGCUCCCAAGGUCCACUACAAUAACCGCGCAUCGGUUCAUGUAUCGAAUGGCUCCUGGAAUCUAAGGGACGUACGUUUCGCUGUUGGCACCAAACUCGACAACUGGGCCGUACUGUUUAUACAAGAUGGCGGUCGGGAUGACUUGUCCGUCGAAACGGGCGGGCCGAUCGCAAUGAGCUUUGCAGCCAUAUGCGGCAAGGUGGGCAUGGCGGUGAACACUAGAAAAGCCCCGCCCAUGCGAGAUGUAUCACUUCCUUCAAAAAAGGAAGAUGCUUCGCCUCUAACGAGACCACGCGCGGUCGACACUAUCAGAAGGGCAUUGCUGACGAUUAAUCCUAAACCAAAAAUCGUGUUGAUCGUCCUCAGCAACCAAGACAAGGCGAUAUACAAUGGAAUCAAACAUCUUUGUGACGUCUAUUUGGAUGUGCUGACGGUCUGCGUGCAAGCAUCAAAAUUCAAGGACAACAAGGCCCAAUACAACUCAAACGUAGCAAUGAAGUUCAAUACGAAACUUGGAGGAAUUAACCACAGUAUUGAUCCUCAGGAUAAGACAAUGGCAUGGAUUCGAGCACAACCAACGAUGAUGGUUGGGAGCGACGUGACACAUCCUAGCCCUGGCAGCUUUCGUGGGACUCCUAGCAUUGCUGCUGUGGUUGCCAGCGUCGACAAUCAAUUCGGCCAGUUCCCUGCAAGCUUGCGUCUCCAGCAAUCAAAGAAGGAGAUGAUCACGGAUUUAACAGACAUGAUGAUCGAACGGCUUAUUGCGUACAGAACCAAAAAUAACACGUUACCUCGCCGUAUUAUCUUUUUCCGCGAUGGGGUAUCCGAGGGACAGUUUUAUACCGUCCGCGACGACGAACUCCCGAAAGUAGACCAGGCUUUCGCCAAGUUCAACCAGGAUGGAAAGCCUUAUAAGCCAAAGCUCACUAUCUUGAUCGCCGGUAAACGGCACCACACCCGCUUCUUCCCCACAAAGCUCGAGGAUUCUGACAAAGGUAACUGCAGACCCGGCACUGUGGUCGACCGUGGAGCCAGCGCGGUGUAUGACUUUGAUUUUAUCUCCAAUCACAUGCUGGACUUCAAGGUACAGCUCGCCCCACGCAUUACACUGUCGUGCUGUGUCGGUUGUCCCCCUGCCUACUACGCCGAUCUGGCUUGCGAGCGCGGACGGUGCUACUUGUAUGAACUCCUUAAUGCAAGUGAAGGAGCGGCGUCAAUCAAAAGUGGAAGUAGCUCGGAUGAAGAGGUUCUAAAGAAAGCUCACGAUUUGUGGAGGAGGGGCCCAACUGGUCCAAUCAUCAAAGAUACAAUGUUUUAUAUCUAG